AUGGCUGGCCCGAUGGAAAACGGCGUCUUUCGGCGCAACAACACGCUGCCCCCCGCGGCGGGCCCCGUCAUGCCACUCUUCUCGCUGUCCGGCAAGACGGCCAUCAUAUCCGGCGCGGGUCAGGGCAUCGGGCUCGCCGUCGCCGAGGCCUUUGCCGAGGCCGGUGCCAACGUCGCCCUAUGGUACAACCGCAACGACGCCGCCGUCACUGAGGCCGAGCGGAUCGCGGCGGCCUAUGGCGUGACAUGCGAGGCGUACAAGGUGGACGUCGCCUCGCUCGAGCAGGUCCAGGCCGGCGUGCUCGCUGCGAUGCAGGACCUGAACGGCCGGCUCGACGUGUUCGUCGCCAACGCGGGCGUCUCGUGGGGCGACGAGGCAUUCAUCGACGCCGACGUGGAGCGGUACCGCGCGCUCACGCGGACCAACACGGAUGGCGUGGCGCACUGCGCGCACGUCGCCGGGCAGCACUUUCGGCGGCAGAGGCGCGAGGGCACGGCGCUCGGCGGCGCGCCGCUCGAGGGCGGCUUCGCGGGCGGGAGCUUCAUCGCGACGGCGAGCAUGUCCGGGCACAUCGUCAACGUGCCCCGGCGGCAGGCCGCGUACAACGCCUCCAAGGCCGCGGUGGUUCACCUCUGCAAAUCUCUGGCCAUUGAGUGGCUCGGCUUCGCCCGCGUCAACAGCGUGUCCCCGGGCUUCUUCAAGACGGGCAUCUCGGGGCCGAUCGCGGAGGAGACCAUGAGCGCGAUUCUGGACAGGGUGCCAAUGGGGCGAUUUGGCGAGACGCUAGAGUUAAAGGCAGUGUAUCUGUUCCUCGCGUCCAGCGCGUCCAGCUACGUCACCGGAACGGAUAUCCUCGUGGACGGCGGUUACACGGCGACGUAG